AUGCGGCGACUCAACGUUAUCCGCAAUACCAUCACCGCACUUGGCCUCGACCAGGGCACAUCAGAGCCCCCGCGCGAGAUUAGUAUCUCCGCACUCUCGGAGCUCAUGGACUGCAUAGCAUAUAUAGUCUUUCCUGAAUACACCAUACCGCCAAAGCAUUGCGCUCAUGGUUAUGUUCGCCACCUCGACGGUAAUGCGCUUCUUCAAUGGACACUGACGCAUAUGGCUGACCUCUUGAGCUCUCAGCUGUACUACGCGUUCUUAAUUCAGGGUCAUACAGGACGUCACGACGAUUCGAACGAGUAUAAGAAGCCGUUAGCGGAAGGCCAGGGGGAAAAGUCUGUGCUGCGCCCACACGCCGAAGAUGCCGAAAUGUCUGUCGAAACGAAUUCUCUUCGUGUGGAGGCCAAACAGAAGGCUGAGGAAAUCACGGAGGCAUUCCUAAGUACGAAGUUGCCGCACCUUCGUUGGCUUCUCCGUACCGAUGCGGAUGCUCUCUUUCAGAAUGACGUUGCCGCCAGCUCCCCUUCAGAGGUGGUUCUCUGCUACCCUGGGAUACGCUGCAUGCGGCACCAACGCACGGCACAUGAAUUGUACCAUUUGGGGGCUCCGAAUAACUUAACUCGGCUUCUCACAGAAAUGGCACAUUCAACAACGGGCAUUGAUAUUCACCCUGCCACUGUUAUUGGUCAUCAUUUCUUCAUUGAUCACGGUACAGGCAUUGUAAUUGGGGAGACAGCGAUUAUUGGCAACUAUGUUUCCAUCUACCAAGGUGUCACGCUUGGCGCCAAGAGUUUUCCGGUAGAUGCAGUGACGGGGAAGAGGAUUCGACAGCAACCACGUCACCCGAUUAUUGAGGACAGAGUAACCAUCUACGCCAACGCUGUAGUGCUUGGCAGAGUUCGGAUUGGGGAAGGCAGUACCAUUGGCGGCAACUGCUGGGUUGUGCGGGAUCUUCCACCGAGAUCGGUUAUUGUGCAGAAGCCAAACACAAAUCUUAGCACAGCAAAAAUGAUGUUUCACAGUGAGGGAUCGGGAAUCUAG